UCACACAUCUCCAUCUUUUUCGGUUCCCUGUGGCCCAGCCUGCGCUCCCCGCCGAAAAACUCAGUCCUCCGUCUCCAGCUCCAUCUCCGCUGCAAUGGCCAAGCCGAGAGUGUUCUUCGACCUCGCCGCCGACGGCAAGUCGUUGGGCCGGGUGAUCAUGGAGCUUGACGCCGAUGUCGUGCCCAAGACCGCCGAGAACUUCCGCGCCCUUUGCACCGGCGAGAAGGGCUUCGGCUACAAAAACUCCACCUUCCACCGCGUCAUCCCCAACUUCAUGUGCCAGGGCGGUGACUUCACCCACCACAACGGAACCGGAGGCAAGUCCAUCUACGGCAACAAGUUCGCCGACGAGAACUUCACCCUGAAGCACACCGGCCCCGGCAUCCUGUCCAUGGCCAACGCCGGGCCCAACACCAACGGGUCCCAGUUCUUCAUCUGCACAUCUGUCACUAACUGGCUGGACGGGAAGCACGUGGUCUUCGGUAGGGUGGUGGAGGGUCUGGACGUGGUGAGAGAGGUCGAGAGUUACGGCUCCCAGAGCGGCAAAACCUCCGCCAAGAUCAUCAUCGCCGACUGCGGCCAGCUCUGAGCGCCCGGCGCCCGGAAGCCACCCUGUAGCCCCGCCCCCAGCCUAAGCCCCGCCCCUUCCGCUGCCAUUCAACAUUCCUAUUAAUGAAGAUUGAAGCGAUACACCCCUCCCCCUCCCCGUCCCUCAGCCCUCUCGUCUCUCAUCCCUUCAUCCUCUCUCCUCGUCCAAACCAUGUUGCUGCAUUUGUGACUUUGCCUUAGAAGUUUCUUUUGCAUUUUCUUAUUUUUGUUUGAUUCAGGAAGUCCCAACGGUUUUGUUAAGUCAAAAAGAUGAAUUAAGAAAAUAAAAGGGGAUCAAUUGCCUUGAAGAUUGAAA